CACGACCACUCCCACCCCCCCACCCCCCACCCCAGCAGCAGCAUUGCAGCAGCAGCAGCAGCAGCAGCAGCAGCAGCAGCAGCAGCAGCAGCAGCAGCAGCAGGACCUUGAGGACUCGGAGUUGGUCCUGCGGGGCCUGGGCAAUUUGGCGCAGGCGGUCUUCGACUGCGGGCGCGGCGUUGGCGAAGUUGUCGGCCAACAGCACUUUCGCCUUCGCUGCCAACAGCUGCACCGCCGUGUGACUUCCGAUGUAACCCAGGCCCCCAGUGCUGCAGCGCAUUAA